CGGCGGCUGUCGGCGCGGAAACGCGGCGAGGAAACGCGGCGGUUGUUUCGCGAGCGGACAAGCGUCGCCGGCCGGCCGAGUCACCGAUACGCGCGACCGGAGGGAGAGAGAGAGGAGGUUGCGCGGCGCUGCGUACACGAGUGGUCGCGCGCGCGCUCGCUCGCGCGUACGUGUGAAUGCGCGGAGGCGCACAGCGGCGCCUGCUAUAAUAUACGCGGCACGGCGGCGAAGCUAGCGAGAGUGGAGCCAAGCGUGCCGAGUGCACGUACGAGCGAGCGAGUGGGCCAGCGAGCGCGCGCGCGCGCGCCAACAAACGAAAGCGAGCGAGCGAGCGGCACGCCAGAGCGGAGAGCGGAGUUAAGCUCUCUCCUCGCAGCAUCCCGAGAUAAGACGUGCGAGAAAGAGAGAGAGAGAGACCGUUAUAGCGCGACGUGUGACGCGACGACACGGCACCGCCACCACGCCACGACGCGCGCAACCGGCGGGCGUAAAGGAACGCGCGAUAUCUCUCUACCCUUUGUCUCACAGGCGCGACGGGAACGGAGCGAGCCGCGAGUAAGCCGAGUAAAUCAAGACAAUAAAUAUGUCGGAUGACAAUUCGCCCGUAAUGGAAGAGCAAAAGAAGAAGAGAGGCAGGCCUGCCAAAGCAGACAAGAACGCAGUCAAGGAGCCCAAGAAGAGGGGAAGAUCCGCUGUAGAAAAAAAUAAUGCGGUACGUCCGGCAAAAUCCGACAACGAGGAUGACGCACCACCUGGACCUGUUAAAAAAGGAAGGGGUCGACCUAAGGGCUCUCACAAGAAGAAGCAAGGACCACCAAAAGGCACCACUACCGCGCCACGCGGUCGCGGUAGACCAAAAAAGACAGAAGAGAAACCCGAAAUCACCGGUGAUGAUGAAGACGAUCAAGAAGAGGAGGAGGAAGAAGAGGAGAAUUGAAGCGGUCGAGGAUGCAAUAGGGGAGGAUGAAACUAACACAUCUGACUUAUCCUUCGAAGGUCCUUCUUGAGAGAAAAAGAAAAACUAAACCAGUUGAUCAAAGUUCAGUUCCGUUUGCACUUUCCAUUGUAAUUCGGUAAUUUUCGAGCGAGGUUUCGAAAUGCAGUAAAAUGCGUUGAUGACGGUAGACGUAUUUCUUUCGCCGAUUACCGGUUUUCCCCUAUAGAAAUUCUAAUUCUCAAUUCAGUAAAACUGAAGGAAGAGCGUUGGAUACGAAAGUUGUGUUAUAAAUUUAUUAAGUUCUUUUGUAUUUCUUUGACAUUGCUAUUAUUAAUAAUGAUUAAUGAUCAUACUUUUAAGUGGUAAGACUACAUGUGUAACUAUCAUUGACAGCAAAAGACUGGAUUGUAUGAUGCAGAUCUCAAAACUUUCCCUUUUUUUUUUCUUCGUUCAUUUGAUUUACAAGGAAGAUUUGAUAAACUUUUUUAAAUAAAAUAGCCUGUAAUAUCUCACACACAUACACACACACACACACACACACACACGGUAUAGUAUUGUGUCACAUAUUUGCUACCUCCUUUUCUCCUACAUAUGUGUAUUACAAUUCACGAAGCCAAAAAACUUCCAUACCGAUCUAAUAUUGUAAGAGCUAGAAAAAAUGUAAACAGACAAAAAAAUGUUAAAAACACUACUGUAUAUGUAACACAUGCAGGGACUAUUCUUUUCUAAUUAAACAUGAAUAUGUGUAUAUUAGUGUCAUUUUUGAGGCAAGCAUAUGUGUGAAUGUCAAAUUUGUAUUAAAGUAAAUAAACUCAAAGUACUCUUAUUAA